ACCCGCAUGCUUCCCUACCAGACAGACAGCACUUUGACGCCAUGUCUCAGUCCCUGAGCACAAGCCCGGAUGACAAGCCCUCCUCUCCAUCCGCUGUUCUGAUGGCCGAUUCUGAAGCCUCGGAGACGGAGAAGCAGGCGCCCGCCAAACCGGCCGACACGGCUCCCCCGCCGCCGCCCGAUGGUGGCCUGACCGCGUGGCUGCAAGUUGUCGCGGCGUUUUUUCUGUUCUUCAACUCUUGGGGUCUGCUCAACGCCUAUGGAGUCUUCCAGAGCUACUACCAAUCGGACUUGAUCCCCGGCUACUCCUCGUCGGCCAUCACCUGGAUCGGCACCGUGCAAGGUUUUACCUUGUUGCUGGUCGGGGUGAUUGUGGGGCCCAUCUUUGACAAAGGGUAUCUGCGUAGCAUCGUCGCCGUCGGGACCUUCAUGGUGGUGUUCGGGAUGAUGAUGACCUCACUCUCGACCAAGUACUACCAGCUCUUCCUGGCGCACGGGGUCACGGUCGGCAUCGGCUGCGCCUUUCUCUUCCUGCCCAGCAUCGCCAUUGUGGCCACCUACUUCACCUCGCGCCGCGCCGUGGCCACGGGGAUCACAGCGUCCGGCGGCAGCAUUGGCGCGGUGAUCUACCCGAUCAUGUUCCACAAACUAAUCGGCCCGGUGGGGUUCGGGUGGACGACGCGCAUCAUCGGGUUCGUCGCGCUAGCCGGGCUGGCGAUCUCGUUGGCAGUGCUUAAGCGGCGCCUGCCGCCGCCGGCGCAGAGCCGAGCCCUGCUCGACGUCGCGGCGCUCAAGGAGCCGCCGUUCCUCGUGUUUGCGUUUGGCCUGUUCUUUAGCUUUGUGGGGCUCUACUUCCCCUUUUUCUACCUGCAGAGCUUUUUCACCUUCUACCUGCACAAUGACAGCAGCCUGGCUUUCUAUAUCUUCGCCGUGCUCAACGCCGCCUCCGUGCUGGGCCGCAUCACCCCGGGUCUCCUGGCGGACCGCAUCGGGGGGCUGAACACCCUGGUGCCCAUCAGCCUGCUGGCCAGCAUCUUGGGCUUUGUGUGGAUCGCCAUCCGGAACGAGGGCGGCACCAUCGUCUUCACCGUACUGUAUGGCUACGCCUCCGGGGCGAUCGUCUCCCUGCCGCCCUCGAUCCUGACGCGCAUGUCGCCGACGCUGGGCGUGGUGGGCACGCGCCUGGGCAUGAUCUUCAUGUUCGCCGGCUGCGGGUUUCUGAUCGGCACCCCGAUCGCCUCGCUGCUGCUGAACCUGGAGCAAGGGUCCUUCUGGAAGGCUCAGCUUUUCAGUGCUAUGUUUGUCGCCGCCGGAACCAUCUGCUUCGCUAUCGUGCGGCUGAUGCUGUGGCGGCAGGGCGGGGGCUGGAAGAUUUGAUCAGGGUGUAGAUGUACUUCAUGUACCAUCCUGAUGAGCGAUAUGCUGGGAGUAGUUCUGCAUCUGCUACAUCUGUAUCGAUUGGCUGUGGGGGAUGAGCCAUUCCGCUCUAUAGAGACGAAACUCCAUGGAGCCGGGAGGAGCCGGUAGAGCUCCUGACACAUGAAAGCAAACAAGGCAGCUACCUGUAGUCAAGAUGUUUUGGAAAAGAAGCUCUGUAUUCA